AACAUGCUUCCUUGUGACUUGUGAACUUGGCAAAGAGAAAGGGUCCACAGAAACGUGGGGUUUGAUUUGCUCUCCCCGCCUGUGGCUUAGAAAUACAAGAGGGAAAAAAAAAGGCAGAAAAUCCACAAGCAAAUCCUUAAAAAAAAAUCGAAGGCCUGGAGUAGAACAUUAACCCGCGAGUGGAACAAUGUUAUAAGUAGGGGUGUAGAAGGGACAGUGAACAGAGUGGAAAAGGAAGUAGCUUUGGAUGCUGGAGAGCUGUUAAGUUCGAGAGCAGGACUUGGGAGUUGAGAAGUACAGAAGAGCACUCGUUAGGAAUGGGAAAGAAAAACACAGAAGAUGGUGCGCUUCAGAAAAAUGUCAAACCUCGAUCACCGAAACUGUGUGGAACUAACUAUCCCCUGAGCAUCGCUUUCAUUGUGGUGAACGAGUUCUGUGAGCGAUUCUCCUACUAUGGCAUGAAAGCUCUGUUGACCCUGUACUUCCUCAAUUACCUGCACUGGGAUGAGAACCUCUCUACGGCGGUGUACCACGCCUUCUCCGGCCUCUGCUAUUUUACCCCACUUAUCGGAGCGCUCAUCGCAGACUCCUGGCUCGGGAAGUUCAAGACAAUCAUCUACCUCUCUAUAGUGUACGUUAUUGGACAUGUUGUGAAGUCUGUGGGUGCCAUUCCUGAUGUGGGAGACACAACCGUCCACGUGGCUCUGUCAAUGCUUGGGCUGGUGCUCAUUGCUAUUGGGACUGGAGGAAUCAAACCCUGUGUGGCGGCUUUUGGAGGAGAUCAGUUUGAAGAGGAGCAUAUGGAGGAGAGAACGAAGUUCUUUUCCAUCUUCUACAUGUCCAUCAACGCGGGCAGUGUGCUGUCAACAGUCAUUACCCCAAUGCUGCGGGGAGAUGUGCAGUGUUUUGGAGGAGACUGCUAUGCCCUGGCCUUUGGUGUUCCUGCAGCCUUAAUGGUCAUUGCCUUGGUGGUGUUUAUUGCUGGCAGUAGGCUGUACAAGAGGAGCCCGCCACAGGGGAACAUACUGCUGGAUGUCCUCAGGUGCAUUGGGUUUGCAUUAAAGAACCGCUGGAGAAGCUCCAGCAAAGCUCCGAAGAGGAAACACUGGCUUGACUGGGCAGAAGAAAAGUAUUCGAAACGCCUCAUAUAUGAGAUCAAGAUGGUGCUGAGGGUUCUGCUCCUCUACGUUCCUCUGCCCAUGUUCUGGGCUCUCUUCGAUCAGCAGGGCUCUCGUUGGACACUCCAAGCCACUAGAAUGAAUAUGGACUUCAGUGGAUUUAUUUUAAAGCCAGACCAGAUGCAGAUGUUGAAUGCUUUGCUGAUCUUGGUGUUUGUGCCUAUUUUUGAUAUUUGUAUUUAUCCACUCAUCCGACUUUGCAAGAUUAACUUGACGCCUCUUAAAAAAAUGGCUGCUGGCAUGGUGCUUGCAGCAUUGGCAUUUGUAGCUGCAGCACUUGUGGAAAUAAAUGUGACAGGAACUGUGGUUACAGCUCCGAUGGCCAAUGAGAGUUUACUGCAGAUUCUGAACUUGGCUGGAGAGGAAGUCACAGUAGAUCUUGCAGACAGUGACAUCUUCCCUAAAACACUCUCUUCUUUUGAGGAUCCCUGGGAAUACCAGACCCUGAACCUAUGGGCAAAUACCACAGAACUCAACUUUACUCUUGAUUACAAACUAUCAAAAUCUUCAUGCCAGCUAAAGUUCACUGAAAAAGAAGCCUAUAGUUUGGCUCUGUAUGAAGAGGACACAGGCAUUAAAUGCAAACUUAUUACGGAUGUAAUCGAGAAGUCUGACAGUGGGUAUGCAGGCUUGAGAUUUAUCAACGGCCUUGCAAAUAGCACUCAUAUAACAGUGGGCUCAGAAGAAUUUGAAAACGUUUCCGGGAACUACGGAGUCUCCAUGUAUAAGACCGUGCAGAGAGGAGAGUACAGUGAUGUGAAAUGCAGAAGUGGUCAGAAAGAAUACGCGAUUGACUUGGGCCUUCUUGAUUUUGGUGCCUCAUACACUGUCAUCAUCACUCAGGUCUCUGGCGACAUAAUGUCCUUCAAGAAAAUGGAGGACAUUCAUGCCAACAAUGUGCACAUAGCCUGGCAGAUCCCUCAGUACGUCUUGAUAACUGCUGGCGAAGUCAUGUUCUCCAUCACAGGGCUGGAGUUUUCGUAUUCUCAGGCCCCUGCAACCAUGAAGUCCGUGCUGCAGGCUGGCUGGCUCAUGACUGUGGCCUUUGGGAACGUGAUAGUGCUGAUCGUAGCGAAAGGAGGCGGGCUGGAGCAGUGGGCGGAGUUUGUGCUGUUUGCUGCCCUCCUCGUUGGAGUCUGCAUCCUCUUCUCCAUCAUAGCUCACUUCUACACCUACGUGGACCCGGACGAGCUGGCCAGGAUGGUGGACGAAGAAGAAAAUGAAGACUUGAAGAAAAAUGGCACAGGACAGCCCUGUGUGCACAUGGAUCAGAUGGUCAAAAGCACUAAGAUGUAGCCACAUUGGUCCUAUUGCGAGCAUACAAAAGGAUCUCCUCAAAGAUGCCAAAUAAAAUCAAAUUAAUAGGCCUUCUUGCUUAGAAGGUUUUGUAGAGAGAGCAUCAGACGAAGAAAGCGAAGCGUUAACUAUUUUCUAGGAUCUUCUCAAAAUCUAAUUGCAGACUUUUCCCAUUUGUGGGGUCUAGUAGUUUAAGACUAUUUUAGGCCCAGAAAUUCCGCUCUAGUAUGUGCUACUGGCCUGAUCAUCCUGUUAUGUGUCUUACUCAGCUUACAUCAGCUCAGUUGUUGUUGUUGAAAAGUGGCCAAGACAAAUCUACAGUAAGAGAAGGAGGUCUUUGGCAGUCGGAUUGCGGGUUGCAAAGCUGGUUUUAUAAAUACAAGUAAAAUUCUAGAAUAGCAGAAGAAUGUUAGUUUAGAAUGAGUGGUCACAGCUCUGCAGGGCAAACAUGAUAUAAAUGCAGUUCUGGCUGCUUGGGAAAUUGGUAAGUUAACUUAGCUCAAGUGGUAUUUUGUAUGACAUGUACUCCAAUACAGAUCUUGUAAAUAUAUGAUUUAGUAAAAAGUGUUUAUUUUUGUGAGCCCAUCGGUGUUGUAAAUUACAGACUUUACAAUUGUCUUGCCGAUUAAAGCCUUAUAUUUUAAACUAU